UGUGCCGUGAGAGGUGCGAGCCCCCCGCCCCAGUCCCAACCCCAACCCCCUCCCUGGUGCCUCUCCUUCCAGGACCAGGAUGGACCCUCCCCCGGGUCGUGGCCCUCCCCCAGUCAGGAUGGACCCGGAUGGGCUUGACCUCCAGCAGGUGCCUGUCCUCUCCCUGGACCAGAUUCGCUCCAUCCGGGCCAGCAAUGACUACGUGGAGCGCCCCGUGGCCCUGGACCACGCCUCCCAGUCUGGCUUCUUUUAUGCCCACGAUGACCGCUUCCCCAUCACCCAUGGGUACCCCCCUCAAGGUUAUCUUCAUGGUUACCCUCAGGGGUACCCAUCCCACGCCCCUAUCCCCAGGAGCCAGAGCCAGCAGCAACACGCCCACCUGACCCAUCUGAGUCGCUCCAGUACGACCAGCUCAGCCAUGUCCCGGACAAGCGCUGCCUCUGACCAGAGACUCCUGGCGGGCCUGACGCCCUCCCACUCUGGCCUGGCCUUGGUGGUGCGCUCCCAGCCUAAAGGAGAACUUAAGCCUGAGACUUCUCUGGGUAAAGGCCUGGCGGAGGGAGAUGACCUGGGCUUGCACCUGUUUAUCUGCGAGCGCUGUGGGAGGUGUAAGUGUCAGGAGUGCUGCGCCCCGCGGAGCCUGCCGUCCUGCUGGGCCUGUGGGCAGCGCUGCCUCUGCUCUGCUGAGAGUGCUGUGGAGUACGGCACCUGUCUGUGCUGUGUUAAGGGCAUGUUCUACCACUGCUCCGCUCAGGACGACGAGGACAACUGUGCCGACCGGCCCUGCGCUUGCACGCCCGCCCACGCCUGCGCUCGCUGGGGUACCAUGGGCCUUCUGGCGCUGUGCCUGCCCUGUCUCUGCUGCUACCCGCCUGCCAGACUGUGCCUCGCCAUAUGCCAGCGGGCCCACGACCGAGCCACCCGCCCCGGCUGCCGCUGCAGCAACACCAACACUGUGUGCCGCAAGAUCUCCUCCUCCAACCCCAACCCCGGACACGCCCCCUUCCGCAGCAAGUCCCUGGAGAAGCCUGUAUGACAGGGGUGCAACUGAAGUCAGUCGUCGCCUAGACAACGCAGUCUCAGUGACAAUAUUGCCAUGACAAUGCAAUCGCCCAGCCCGUCAUGUCCUACCUACCGUGACCUUUCACCUUACGUACCUUCCAUACUUCUUCUUUUCCUCCUGCCUGAAGAGAAAUGACCAACAGCUUUACUGUACUUUACUGUAACUGUACUGUACGUGUGGAGACUCGAGCCGAAACCUGAUAACCGCCUGGUGCGUUUCGCUGAACUGACUGCCAAACGUAACCUUACUGUGUUACUGUGUGGGCAUACUGUCUCUACCUUCCCCUUACAGUGUGGGCAUACUGUCUCUACCUUCCCCUUACUGUGUGGGCCAGUGUAGUGUACAUAGUACUGUGGCUCUUCUCUGUGUGCGCCUGCCGGGCCGACCAGACCUUUACUCAACAGACCAACCUCACUGUGCUGUGUGAUGGGCUGGGGUUUGCGCUGUGAGACUUGACCUAUUUAUUUAUUGGACUUCCUCCUCAGUGAGGUAGAGAGGUAGAGAGAGAGAUAGGUAGAGAGGUAGAGAGAGAUAGUGAGCUAGAGAGGUAGAGAGAGAGAGAUAGGUACAGAGAGAGUGAGGUAGAGAGGUAGAGAGAGAGAUAGCGAGAGUGGACCAUGUGUUACGUGUGAGUACAGUGAGUAAGCUACUAGAACAAAUCCUAACACAGCCAUUAAUAAAAGGGGUCUCCAGCAAAUGUAUAUUCCAGGCAUGACAGAGACAGAGACAGGGUGGUCUACAGGGAGUCUACAGGGUCGGCCUCCUUCCCUCCCCUUCCUCUCUGAAGAGGCAUCCUGGAGCCAACCAACUGAAUGGACAUACAACGAGCGGCCAUGGCAGACAUUUUGUCUGAGGCUGAUGCAAAGACCCUAUCCUAAAGGUGGAACACCAAAAAGGGACCAUGAUGUACCCGGAGAAUCUAAAGUGAUUAAGCUAAUUUAAUAUGGAAAGCACUGUGAGAUAUAGAGAGUAGAUCGUCUGUAGUGUCCCCAGCUGUCUAACUAACAGACUAACCUGGGGGUGCCUCCCUUAUGACCAGGCAGUGUGUGUGUGUGUGUGUGCUAGCACGAGCAUGUGUAUGUGCACAAAUGUUUGCGUGUAAGUGUGUGUUCUUACCUGUGUAUGUACAGUAUACACGAUAUAUACAAAAGUAUGUGGACACCCCUUCAAAUUAGUGGAUUCAGCUAUUU